UCGUUGUCUAGUCAGUUAGUUUGUAUCUGCUGAUUACUCUUCGUAUCGGAGAUAUGAAUUUGCAAAGAGAGAGAGAUGUGAGGGUGUUUUGUGCGGGAAAUGUAUAUAUCUGCUACCGUCGAACGAGCAGAUGAGAGGUCUUUGCAGGUCUUUUCUCCGGGUCGGUACCACUAUUUGUAAAUAAUCAAGAUAUCUCUUUACUCUACUCUUCUCUAUAAAUCCCGACACGGCUGCGGAUGUGUCUUGAAGCUGUAAAGAAGAUGUGGGAGGAAGGACAAUAUCAACCAAAGCGCGGCUCAAACCAAUCUGAUCUGAUAUUCCGCAAUCCCCAUCACCCCGCACACCACCCAGCCUUCGUCUUCAUCAACCUCCGCUGCCGCAGAGCAUAUUACUGACGACAGACAACAAGCACAUAGAUUCAAUUGAUUGAAAGAGAAAGAAAAUGCACUUGAACCCCGUCAACGCUGCGCUUGCUGUGCAGCUUGGCUUGUGCCUGAUCUCGACUGUCGCUGCCGAGCAACAGGUGUUUGCGCCCGACGAGAAUAGUCUUGAGACCCCGGCUCAGACUACGAAGGAGAGGAUUGCGAUUAUAGGCGCCGGCGCCGGCGGCUCGUCCGCGGCCUACUACCUGCAGAAAUACUCAAACUACAGCUACGCCAUCACCGUAUACGACAAAAACGACUACAUCGGCGGCCGCACGACGACCGUGAACGUGCACGACGACGCGCGCUGGCCGGUCGAGCUUGGCGCGAGCAUUUUCGUCAAGCAGAACUUGAAUCUCGUGGCGGCGGUUCAGGAGUUUGGACUUGAGAUCCGGACGGCGGAGUUGGGGCGGGUGAGGAAGAUGGAUAAUGUCACGAUUAGCGAUUCGAUUGGAAUCUGGAACGGGAAAUCAUUCGUCUAUGAAGCACAGUCUGACUCGUCCUGGCUUAAUAUGGGGAAACUUCUGUGGAAGUACGGAAUGUCGCCAAUCAAAGCGCGCUCGCUGGCCAAGAAGACUGUAGCAAAGUUUCUGAACUACUAUUCUUCCGUUUACUUCCCGUUCAAGGACUUGACUACCGCUACGCAGGACAGUGGGCUCACUGAACUCACUGGAGAAACGACUCUGAAAUAUUUCACAAAGUACGGAAUCAGCAAGCUAUUCACCAACCACAUAGUGCAAGCCGCCACCCGCGUAAACUACGCCCAAAACGUCCACCAACUCCACGCCCUCGAGGCCACAGUCUGCCUCGCGGCCGACGAAGGCCUGAACGUCGAAGGCGGGAACUGGAAGAUCUUUGACAACAUGCUCAAGGCGUCUGGUGCUGAUCUCCAGCUGAGCACCGCCGUGUCUGAGAUCGUCGCGGCAGGGGACGAGGGCAAGUUUUUGGUGUUGGCGGGGGACUCGAGCGAGGAGUUUGACCAGGUGAUUAUCGCGUCGCCGUAUCAUCAGACUGGGAUCAAAGGACUCGAGUUGCCGAUCAAGAAGGUACCGUACAUGACACUUCAUGUGACGUUGGUUGCCUCCACCAAGCGCCUUUCGCCGGCGUAUUUCGGUUUAGCCGACGGCGCGUUCGUCCCGACGAUGGUGCUGACAACCAUGCCCGAGACCGGUGCAGCCCACUCGCCUCCUCUGUUCAACUCGGUCAGCAUCGUGCGGUACAUCCCCGAAUUAAACCAGUACGUCUACAAGAUCUUCUCGCCGAGCAAGAUGCAGCCUGCGUUCCUGCAGCUGCUGUUUGAGCAAGGCGCAGAGUUUCCGUGGGUGUAUGAGAAAGUGUGGAAUCCGUAUCCGCGGAUGGACACGAUCGAGGAGUUCCAGGACUGGAAGGUGCACGAGGAUGGGAUUUGGUAUUUGAACGGGAUGGAGCAGUUUAUUAGUACGAUGGAGACGUCGAGUCUUGCGGGGGCUAAUGUGGCUGCGCUGAUUGUUGGGUCUGCGAAUAAGACUGCUCUUUCUGUUCCUUGAGUGGUAGUGAACGGGGUUGAGAGAGGUGGUGUCGAGAUGGAGUUGAGGAAGGCGUAACUUUGGCUGAAGCAGUAUUGAUCGACUUGCUUUGAUUUG